GCACAAAUUAAAUUAUAAACGAGUUUUUUAAAAAACAUAUAUUUCUAAAAGAAUAUAUUGCUAUCGUAAUGGCGGAAGUUAAAGAAGCUCUCAAUGUAGUAGGGGAUAUUAUGGGUACAUAUUUGCCCUUAAUUCAAUCGGCCAUAAUUGUGAUUAAUAAGAUAAUAGAAAUUUGUGAAGCAGCAGAAUAUAACCAAAAUAUAUGCAAUUCUCUAUUGGACCGAGUAAAAUUAACUAGUACCGCUAUAGAUUCAUUACAACGUAGAAAACAGAGAAAUGAAAGUAAAUUACGUAACGAAGUAUACUAUCAGGCUUUUCAUAAAUUUAUUUAUGUUUUAAAAGAAAUUGAAACGUAUACUGCGGAUAUCUCAAAAAUUCACGGUUUUAGGAAAUAUGCAAAAGCACUUACCAUUAAAGAAAAAUUUGUGAAACUAUCAAAAGAUUAUGAUAAAUCAAUGAAUGAUUUACAUUUUACCAUAGCAGUUGCUAACGAAGAACAAAGAAGGAUUGACGACGAAGCUUUAACAGAAGAUCUUGCUGAAUUUGAUAAAUAUCUUAAAACGAUAGAUAGAAAAGUGGAUGACUUACAUGAUGAAAUAAAGUAUAUUAAGAAUCAUAUAAAUGAAAAAUCUUUACAUGGCGUAAAUAAGAUUGAUCCAAAAAAUCUAGAACUUCCUUCGCAAGGAACUGCUGAUGAUGAACGACGUGGAAAGAAUUCUAAUGUUGUAGUGAAGAGAAUUUUUAAAGCACAAGAAGUAGCUUGUAAAUCAUUCUCAACGACUGAAGAAGGUCCAAAAGAGGGACAUCUUGAAAUUUUAAUGAAAUUAUCCGAAUGUAAACAUAUCCUUAGAUUUUAUGGUAUCUCAAAAAUUGACAAUAAUGGUGUUAUGGUUUUUGAAUGGGCUCAGCGUAAAACUUUGAAAGAGCUUUACGAAAAAAAGGAUAUUCAAUGGCACUGUAAAGUUAGGAUCGCUCUUAAUAUUUGUCGUGGGCUUGUAUUUUUACAACAGGCUGAAAUCUUACAUCACGACUUGAAAUGUGAAAAUAUCUUAAUGACGCAAACUUUGGAACCUAAAAUUUACAAUUUCGAGUUAGCACGUUAUUAUUCUGGAAAUACCACUUCAAUAGGGAGCGAAAUGAAUGAUACUAUGCGUUGGAUGGCUCCUGAAAAAUUAAGCAACUAUAAUUCUCGAUACACAACAUGGUGUGAAAUUUUUAGCUUUAGCAUGUUGCUUUGGGAGCUUGCUUUUGAAAAAAUUCCAUAUAGAAAUUUGAAAUUAGAAAAGAUUAAGGCUCUUGUGACUAAAGGCGGUAGAGAAAUAAUUAAAUUUGGAAAAUCGACUCCUGAAGAAGUUCAAGAAGCUUAUAAGAAAAUUAUAAGUGGCUCUUGGAAACAAAUUCCACAUGAACGCAUUUCUUUUCUGAAAAUAUUGAGCAUGUUAGAAGAAUUACAUAAUUCUAUUAUUCAUAUGUUUGAUGCCAAUUUACCAGAUUUACUUGAUAAUGAAGCAUUAGAUUUAGAUGGAUCAAAUGAAGUAAAUGGCGAUUUGGAUAUACCUGAUGAUGAUAUUUGUGAUUACUUUUUGGUUCAAACUUAUGUUCUUUAG